AUGGCUCCCAUCACCCUCUACGACGUGUCCAUCUCGACCUUCGCCCGUGGGCUGGCGACUCUCAAGCAUAUCCUCGAAAAGGCCGCCGAGCAUGCCAAGACCCAGGGCCUGGACGCCGACGCCUACGCCACGGCCUCCCUCAUCGACGGCAUGGACGGCCUCAACUCCCAGGUCCAGUACUCCAUCAACACCGUGAAGAAGUGCAUCUGGCGCCUGACCGGCAACGAGGUCGAGAGCUGGACCGACGAGACGACCACCUUGCCCCAGCUGAUUGCCGUCACCCAGCGCGCCCUGGACCUGGUGCAGGCCGUCAGCGAGGCCAGCGUCGCCGGCAAGGACGACACCACUGUCGAGCUGCAGAUGGGCAAGACGACGCGCACCCCGUCGGCCAAGGCCUACGUGGUCACCUACGCCCUGCCCAACUUCUACUUCCACCUGCAGACCGCCUAUGCCAUUCUGCGCGCCAAAGGCGUGCCCCUGGGCAAGACGGACUACCUGGCCAGCUUCCUGGCGUAG